GCAAAAGAGAGGUUUAUCCGCCACAUAGCUCUGCAUAUUCCCGGUGGGGUUUUGUGUUGCACACCGACGCUGGGUGUUUGUUGGGGCAGGUGAGAAAAACCCUCCAAACCCGGGGGAGGAGAGCGGUAUACACUGAGAGCGCGCCGUGUGAGCAUGUGCGUCGUAGUGUAGUACUCCCCUCGUAGUCGAGGUGGGCCGUUUUUUGAGAAAGCGAGCUUUCCUUUGCAGGCUCUGCAUUCCUCUUCAUUGCGUUUUCACGCGUUGCCGAGUGCGGUACAACAACGACAACGACGAUACGAGAGAGAGAGGAAAGCAGCAUUUCGGGCCGCUUCAAAAUUCGAGUUUGGACAAACGACCACGAAGACGACAACCAUUGAGAAAACCUUCUUCAGCAAGCAAAGUAAAGACAAAGUUAAAAACAAAAUACAAUCGUUAAAGUCUAGUCUAGUUGUGUUACGCGUACGCUGUUACACGCGGUUGUGUGAGCGGGCGCGUGUGUGUGGAUCGUUUUCGCCGUUUUUUUUUGCCAAAUCGGUCGACCUUCUCGCGUAACCAAAAAGCACAACCAGCAGUGUUCCCCCUCGCUGUGGUGUCUGGGUAGUGUUUCACCCUUCACCUCCCCACUGGCUGGUGCCCGUGUUUUGGAGUGUACGUCCGACGGACGGAGUUCCAAUACAGUUGAAAGUUUUCCGGCACGUUGCGUUUUUCUUUCCGUUUUUCCAGGGUUGGGGGGGGGUGGCUAAUUUUUGGUCGUUUUUGCGUUUUCUUCACCCCCUCCCGCGUGCUGUGUAAUUCGUAACCCGGCGUGGUGUGGCAGCCCCCCCCGCGGAUUGUGUCACUGAAACACAACACCCCCAUGGUGGUGAUUCUGUAUUGUUUCCAGCGUUUCCAGUGCAAUAAGGCCGCGCUAGGUGGCGAUUCGGAAGGAAAAAUCGAUUCGCCGCCGCUCUUGUUGCUGUGUGGAAAAUCCACCCCAGCUUGACAUGUGACAGUGUGUUUGAUGAUUGCUAUCGCAAAGGAGAAGCAGAAGGCGCUCAACAGCGGUAAAAGUGUCCAUGAGAAAGAGUUAUUUUGAGACGGGGUUUUUGCAACACAAAAGCUCCACAGUGAAGUGUUUUAAAGAAAUAUGAAAUGUGUGUUUGUGUUCAAAAAGCAAAAAGAGCAAAAACCCUCGGAAAAGGCGGCUGCUGCCCCUUUACCGUGUGAUUAUUUGCACCCAUCUCUGCCCUUUUGCUGUGGCUAACUUGUGUAUCUCAAAGCGUGUGUUGGUUGCUGCUCAAAGUGGUCUCUUUUCCCAUACGGUGUAGCUAGUGAUUUCUGCCACAUCAUCAUCUCCCCCUUAUUGUUGCCUUGAGCUUGUGCUGUGUGUGUCCGCCGCAAAGACGCAAAUCAUUGAUUUUAUUCCAGCUGCUCGGGUUUGGCGGCCGCCGGUGGCUCCCGUUCGGUUGCGCUCCAUACAUGCAACUCCCGCAGCUAUGCUGGUGUGCGCAUGUGUGGCUGUGAAGCAACGUGGUGUGGUGUACGGUGUUGUGUGUGGCUGUGUUGGUGCGUGGUUGCGUCGAUUGCGCUCUCAGGUCGUGCCUAUGACUCAUGGUGAAUUCUGAAGUGCACUUUUGGACCGUGAGCCUAGCGUCAGGAGAAGGAGUUGAAGGUGGCUGACGAUUAUGAGGGGCUGUGCGAGGGCGUCUUGAAAUCUCUCUCACUUCGACCAGCAUUACUAAUUUCCAAUAAGUGGACGAUUUGGUUGAUUGGAAGCUCGAAAAGGCUGCUCAUUUUGAUGCCCGCCCACCCCCCGCCACAACACAAUUGAGCAGAAUAAUAGAGUCGAGAGUGGUGUGUGCUUUGAGCUUUGAGUGGUGAGCAGAAAUUGCUCAUUCGAGUGAGAAAAUACGGUGCGAAAGAGCUGCAAUAUGCUCCAUGUUUUGCCGGGGAACCUCUUACGUAAUUUUGUGAGAAAAGAUAAUAUUUUAACAAAAAUGUUUGAAAAUUCUGUAAAAAAAGCAAAAAACAGUUUACUUGAAAAUAUGGAAAAUGUCUGAAAGUGGACUAAAUUCUGAGCCAACCAGCAUCAAAUAAUUGGCAACGUUAUAUUCCGGAACCGGCCGGCAUUUGUUUCGCUAAACGCUUGUGCUGCAAAUUCGCUUGCCUCGGCCGGUCCUGUUAUGCUCUUUUAUGUUGCUCCGGUUGGCCGAUUAACGAACCCCGUACAAAAGACGCUCUUGCCUGCUUGCUAUUCAUCCCUCCCGUUUCCCGAGCUACUACAUUGCGGCUUUUGCAAUGGAAAAUCUACUAACAGUUCUAACUCGGGAUCUGUUGCUGGUUUGGUAACGGGAGAAUAGUCACAAAAGCGGAGUUAGUAGCUCUUGUCAAAUAGAAAAUUGAAUUGAAAAGAAGCCAGUGGAAAACAAGUCACCAAGCAAAACGGAACAAAUCCACCUUCCAAGAUCACGGUCGUCCCCCGUUGCACACCACAAACAGGUUCCGUUGUGGUGCCGGCAGUGUGUGCUUCUUCUCAGGCAUUUUAAAAGCUUUUUUCGGAUUUUGCUCUAGCUCACACCGAGAACUUUGUCGGCAGACAGUAGUGUGGAGCGAUUCCGUACGGAGGUUUUCUAUUUGUACCGCGGCGGGUUCGUGUUCUUGCCGGUGGAGAAGUGGAUGAAGCAAGAAAAAAGCGGCGUACGCGGGUGUUGUUUCAUUUGAAUCCAAAACAUUAAGCCAGGUGGAAAACAACGGAGCCGUUGGGGUGGGGGAGGCCCGUUUUGCGUAGGUUAAUGACCGGCUAGGUUGAGCAUGCAUAGGAGAGGAGGGAGAGAAGACGAAGAACAAGCAAAACAAGCAAGAGGAUGGAAGCAUAUGGGAGUGAAGAGGCAUUAAUGUUGGCGCUUUGGAGGUCCGGAGGUCUUCCUAUUGUGGCUGGUACACCACCACCGACCCCACCACCGUUUAAUGGUCUUGCGUAAUGGUGUUCGGGCUCGAACAACCUACCUCCUCAAACCACAAAAAAUUGUUGGUGGUAGGGUAGGCUUUUUGAAGUAGUUCCCAGAGGUUCCUGGAGCGCUCUGUCAACAGGGAAUGGUUUAUUUUCCUGUGUUGAUCUGUGGUACACAUGUUGCCAUUUUUGUGCAGAAAGUCGUGUUUGGUUAGAGGAUGUCAUUAGUUAGUUCUUCAGUUUUCUGGGAAAUUAAUGUCGUUAGCAUCGUUGUCGUCUUUAAAUUACUUUUCGUCAUGUUUGUUUAGAAAAUUACAUUACAUUACAGGGUUAUCCAGGAGUUUUCAUAGCUGUGGGACACUUUGUUGCCUUCUUCUUACUUGAAAUAAACUUAAUGUAAUGGGAAUUGGACUCUAUAGCCCCCUUGUAGGACAAAUCCAGUAGAAAUGUUCAAGGAGCCUGUUCAAAAUGAGUGCCAUGUAGUCCUAUAUCCAGCAUUUGAAGUUCACUUCCCAUAAGAAAGAGUCCAGGAAGUGUUCCACAACUACGAGAACUCAUGAAAACCCCUGUAGAAUACCACAUACGCCAAUUGUAAAGUUUGAAUUUAACAAAACUAAUUUCAAUUUGGGUAUAGCUCCUGGGCUAUGCUUGUUGCAUUAGAAAACAGACUUGAAUGGACUGUGGCAUCACUACAAGAAAGCACCAGAGGCAAUGGCAGAUAGUUUUGUUAUAAAAAGGUGUUGUUACAAGUUUGAAUUAAGUAUUUUUUAGGUCUUCUUCAUGUAAACAAGGUACCAAAUUACGUAAAGUUUUGUCUUAAUUCGUAAGAAUUGGUUUGAACUCCAAAAAUUUUAGUCUCUUUGAAAUGUUAUUAAAGAUACAUAUAUAUUUUUAUUUGUAAUUAUUUGUUUGGAUUUGCCUGUUGCACAAAUCUAAGCAAUAGGCGCACGGGAAUACUUCUCCCUCUCACCCUAAAUCAUGAUGAUAUCUCUUUUAAAUUACCAAGAUAACCACCUGAAUAAUCCAUCAAACGUCCCAGAAACUGUAACACAAAGCCUCAAACAAAUUUAUGUCAACCUAAUUACUUGCACCAGUUUCGGACUUUUGCGCCAAUCGCUGCUCACCUAAAACGCUGGCAAUCAUCAAGCAGGAAGGGGUCGCACCUUUUUCUUUGGCAUCCUCCCGCACACAUACACUAACGCCUUCUCUGGCCUCGAAAAUUGUACUGCCACCCCAUCGGUGGUGGUGACCCUAUGAUAAUGUGGUCAAAGAUGAAGUCUGUGGUUCCUGUGGACUCGCAUUCUCCAUCGCUCUGUCCCAUUUUUAGCAUCGCCUGGAGCAGCAUCUUGCACAGCGCUCCGUAGCUGUUUAUCUUAUGAGGCGGGUGGCGGCGAAGACAUACUCUGGAAGACGUCAGAAUAAUAAUCGGAAUCGUGACCGAUUUUUGGUGCGGCGCGGUUGUUUUUCCCCCUGUGGUCGUCUGUGCUGCAAAAGCUGCUUUGUGGAGCUUGGCGGGGCACUGUUGUUGACCUCCAAUUUAGGUCAUGAGCCACAUAAACUUCUCGCGAGACGGGAAAGGGACCGAGAUGAAUGAGUCGCACAUUUUUGUAUUAUUUAUUUCGCUUGUCCCACAGCCAAAGGUUUGGGUUAGGUUUGGGCACAGGUAGAUAUGGGUAGGCACAGCGAAUCAAGAUCACAAUCAUCACAACAUCGCGCGAAACAUCACCACGCUUUCCAACACGCGCCAACAGAGAAGGCGUCAGUUCCUUCACCCUUUUGCUGGUGCAGAGGUUCGAGGGGGGGGGGGAUAAUAAGGCUUUUGUUUGUGUGUGUGUGCGUGGUAAGGGCGCGCACGCGGGGUAAGUUUGUUUUAGUCCGCCAGCAUUCCUGCGCCGUCCGGAACGCCGCACACCCUCGAUGACUGUCAUUAUUUUAUCAUUCGCGCGCGCCAACCCCCCCUGGUCGGACGUGUGACGGACGGUUGGCAGGUUCGCAACCGAGCGGCUGGGUGGAAUAAAAACGCACAAACUCUGGUGUGGGCCCUUUUGUGUUGUUUACUAACUAAUAAUUGUACCCACGCGAAGAAGAAGCUUUGCCCAGAUGGAGGUGGUGGUGUCGUCGUCGACGGCGAGACAGAUACAAAACGACGAGCCGGGAGAGACUUUGUGCGUGCUCAUGUACCGCUGGGAGCAAACACCUUCUUUGCCAACCCCGGAGCGCACUCAGUAGGGCAACAUUUGCGAGACGACAAACCACCGUCACGUCGUGUAAUUACUUCGCUUCCCAUUGAGCACCUUUCGGGUGGGGUUGGCGGGUGGCAAACACAAAAUUAAACAGCAGUCCGUCGGGUGGUCGUCCUGCUGGUUGAUGAGAGAGCAGCAGUAGCAACAAAAAAUUGAGUUGUAUUUUUAGUUUUCACGUUCACGUUUGUCUGUCAGUCCGACGCUCCGUUGAGGUCAGGCAUGAUCAUGAUCAUCAACGGUGAACGUGCGGUGGUGCAGCAGGAGAGAGGGAGUGUGCGGUUGUUUGAAAGCUUUGGGAAUUUGAGACUCUGCGGUGGAAAAGCCAGAUGCACUUUGCCAAAAAAUUGAAAUCAAGGUUCGGUCGGAAAUAGCCGGAAAAAAUAGGUCGUGCGGUGGUGUUUGUGUGGUUUUAAAUAGGGUGAAAAUCGUUUUGCGUGAGAAAGUAGAAAGAAUAAUGAAAGAAGAUGAAGAUGACGAUUCUCAGUAGUGUACAUUUACUCGAACGUUUUACUCUUCCCCUAAUGGAUUAGUGUUCUUGAUGAUGAUGUUUACGAUCUUUGCAAAAUAAUCUCGAUUUAGUAGAUUUGAGUAUUGAAUGUAUUGGACCACACAAUUAGUAAUUUUUCAUCCAAAUCAUAAUUGAAAUAGCAAAGAUAGUGCUUGCUAAUGUUUUGCGUUAAGAUUUGAAGUUUUAAUCUAAUUAAUGGGAUCUUUUAAAGAAUCAGAGAUUUUCAAGAUUGUUCACUUUAUCUUACACAGUUGGCACACUUUGUCGAGCGAUUUUGCUGUUAAUGUAAUUACAACACUGUAAUGUUUUGCGCAGCCUUAUAUCAAAUUUAUUAAAGUAAACAGAGUUGUCAUUAAUAGUUGUGAUUAAUCAUUUAAAGUCAUACAGUUUGCAUACUUUCUCGAAAUGUUGUGAUUUAAUGUCACGUCAAAAGCAUUACUUAUAAUUUCUUAAAGCUAUCAGGAAUGUCUAGUUGACACUAACCACAUAAUUUGCUAAAGAAAAAGCAAAUUGGAAGAUUCACCACUGUAUCUGAAAUAAAUGGCACACUUUCUCGAGUAUUUUUGUUUGAGUUUCCCAGGUCGCGUAUUGUGAAAUUCGGUAAAUAGCUCAGUAAUAAUAAGAGUAUUCACCACCCUAACUCGUAUUAUUGGCAUAUUUUCUAUGGAGUAUGGCUCAUUUAUGCCUUGUUUGCUACAUGAUUUAACACUAUGUACACAAGUCUGAACACUAGUCUCUUCAAUCCAUUAUAAUGUAACUUAUUCUCAAUCUCAUUGUGUAACAUCUGCGAUCACUAUCGCUUCAUUUAAUGCUGUUGGAUUUAGAGUCAAUUUCAAAACAAUUGUAUGAUUCAUUCCAGAAUCAGAACGGAUCUACAUCUGGAAUGAGAACUAUUAAAGCACACCAGAGUCAUGUUUUUUUUCCUGGUGAUUCAACUUACUAUGACGCCUGAGAUGAGCGCUUGAAACGUUUCCCUUCCAACCUUCAUGGAAAAAAACACUCCUCCCAUACGUGAUACCAUGCCAACGAAACAUUCCAAUUCGUUUACGUUUCCCUCCCGAUCAGUGCCUCAUUGCGUUCGAUGAAGUUGUAAACGUGUUCCUUCUGAUUACCGCACACCUCAAGCACACAAAAGCGGGAAGGGAUGCUCGUGUACGCUAUGCCAGCACUCCAACGAACAGUCCCUAAUGGUUGGCUCAUGCCUUUGUCGAGAUGAUUGCACUUUGAUCGUGCGCACACCCUGGGUUUGAACUUGAACUAAGAAUUGCUCCGAUUGUAGGCACGCAUUCCGAUCUUGCUCCGAUCUUGCUCUGGCUCGUAACAUACAUACACACACACACACCAAGAGCAGCAAAGCAGAGCGUAGCAAAGGCCUGAUAAGCCGUAUCGCGCACAAUGUUUGCCACGGGCGAUGGGGAUUAAAUCGCAAGCGCGAGAAACAUGCCCGUGCCACGUCGCCCUGGUGUGGUCGUGCCCCGUUACGACGUUCCAAUUCUGUCUGGUGGUACGGCUGCCCUGUGCUUGAUAAGAAAAAAAAGGAAAUAACACACAACCAGGGAGGAGAAUGCCUGUGUGUGUGUACGCUAAUCCGAGAACGGAACCAACCCUCGGAACGUCGCGAUCGCUGGCGGGUUUUCCUCUCGGAAGAUUCAAAUUCCUCCUCCUUUUUUUCUAGAAGGAAUUCAACGAACAAAACGUCGCUGAGUCUUGUGCGUGCAAACCCAACAAGAUACGCUCGAUGGGGAUGGUAUGUUGGUUCGGGCACGCAAUGCACCAACAGCAGCCCGUCCCCGGCCAAUUGUGUUGUCGUCAACGUCGCGAUGACUCAACUGCAGAACAACAUAGCAAGUGAAACGACGACGAUACAGUAGCGGCCAUAGCACAAUCAAGCUAUUGCCAGCUUGCCGGUAGCAUUUCUUUGCGGGCGCUGUUAAGCCGACUGCUUAAGGGGCGAGACGUGUCACAAUCGAAACGUCUUUGCUGUGGUGUACUCCGAAAGGGUUUGAAAGUGUGUUUUCUGGUGUGUUUCCGUUAGGCAAAUCGGUUGCCAGGAACGCGGGAACGGCUCCACAUCUCGUGUCAAACCUCCUGCGACAAAUCGAUAAAAAGCGACAAAUCGACGACAAACAAAAAAAAAACAGCAAAAGAAGAAGAAAAUAGGCAAAAAAACGAAAAAGAGUAUUACAAUAUUUACGACCCUUGUGCAAUUUUACGAAGGCGGCUCAAUUAAACAGCCGCCCGUAGCGGUAAUAAGGUGUAAACUAACCGUGCAAAACGAACGAAGGAGUGUGCUCCGCGAGGGAAGCGAAAUUUCGUAGCGAAAUUGAUCGAGUUAAAGCCACUAGUGAAAGUGCAACACAGCCCCCCCCACACAACAACAGUGAUCGAAAGCGAAAAGUUAAUUGAAUUUAACGAAUAAAAGCGGCUUCUCUGUGUCUUUUUCUCUCUCUCCCCCUCGGUGUAUCGGUUUUUGGGUAGUGCGGUGUGUGGUGUGUCUGCCGGGCGGUAGUGUACGCCUUUGGCAAGUGUGUCGUAAUCGGCUAGUUGGUCUGUGAAAGUGGCCUAGUGUGUGUGUGUGUGUGUGUGGAUCGUGUCCUUCGGGUCGUGUUUCCAUCAGCCGGAUCGAUCGGUGGCGGGAAGGAGUAAUUGCAAAGGGAGUGCCACUGCCGACAGCGGGAAGACUCGACGGCUAGCAGCAGCGGCAGCACCACGGACCAGCCGGAGGAGGACAUUUUUUAUCUACAAUUAUCAGCAGAUCAAAACAUGAAAAUGGUGUUGUCACAACGGCAGCGCGAGGAGCUUAACCAAGCGAUUGCCGAUUACCUGGGAAGCAACGGAUACACAGACGCGCUGGAAGCGUUCCGGAAGGAGGCGGACAUGCCGAACGAGAUCGAGCGCAAGUACGGCGGGCUGCUCGAGAAGAAGUGGACCUCCGUCAUCCGGCUGCAGAAGAAGGUGAUGGAGCUGGAGGCGAAGCUGUCCGAGGCGGAGAAGGAGGUGAUCGAGGGCGCCCCGACCAAAGCGAAGCGCACGCCGAGCGACUGGAUACCGCGCCCGCCGGAGAAGUUUGCGCUCGCCGGCCACCGGGCGACGGUCACGCGCGUUGUCUUUCAUCCCGUCUUCAGCAUGAUGGUGUCCGCGUCGGAGGACGCCACGAUCAAGGUGUGGGACUUUGAGACGGGCGAAUACGAGCGCACGCUCAAGGGCCAUACGGACUCGGUACAGGAUUUGGCAUUCGAUUCGCAAGGCAAGCUGCUCGCCUCCUGCAGCUCGGAUCUAUCGAUCAAGCUGUGGGAUUUCCAGCAGACGUACGAGUGCGUCAAGACAAUGCACGGGCACGAUCACAACGUGUCGUCGGUUUCGUUCGUGCCGGCCGGCGACUUCCUGCUCUCCGCGUCCCGUGACAAAACGAUCAAGAUGUGGGAGGUGGCCAGCGGCUACUGCGUCAAGACGUUCACCGGCCAUCGGGAGUGGGUGCGUAUGGUGCGGGUAAACGUGGACGGCUCGCUGAUGGCCUCCUGCUCGAACGACCACUCGGUACGGGUAUGGCAGACGAACUCCAAGGAGUGCAAGGCUGAGCUGCGCGAGCACGAGAAUACGGUAGAGUGCAUUGCCUGGGCCCCGGAAUCGGCAGCAGCGGCUAUAAACGAGGCAGCCGGAGCAGACAACAAGAAGGGUGCACACCAAGGCCCAUUCCUGGCAUCGGGAUCGAGAGACAAAACGAUCAGGAUUUGGGACGUCAGCUCCGGCUUGUGCCUGUUUACGCUGGCCGGCCACGACAAUUGGGUGCGUGGUAUCGUGUUUCACCCCGGCGGCAAGUACAUGAUUUCCGCUAGCGACGACAAAACGCUACGCAUUUGGGAUCUACGCAACAAGCGUUGCAUGAAAACGCUCUACGCGCACUCACAUUUCUGUACAUCUUUGGAUAUGCAUAAGUCCCAUCCUUACGUCAUAUCCGGCAGCGUGGACACGACGGUUAAAGUUUGGGAGUGCCGCUAAGUCAAAUCCCCCGAUCCGCCCCCUCUCCCGUACACGACGCCACCUGACCAACUAACCCCAACUCUACCCCAGGUUGGCUGGCAGCUUGUUACUUUGUGUGUGUGUGUAUGUGUGUGUGGGUCCAACGGGAGACUCAUUGGCGCUUUCUGUUUUAUGUUCGCUCUUCGACAAAGCAAAGCAAAUUAAACAACCACAGCCACACACCGUAUUGUGGGCCUGGAAGGAUCCGUGGAUUGGCAAAGCAGGAGGACCCACGGACCACAGUUAUCCAGCAUCGGCAAGCAGGCACCGUCAUCACCACCAUCAUCAUCAGCAUCAUCCUUAUCGUGGAUACGUUUUCAUUGCGAUGUGUGCACCUGUGCGCAUGGUUUGUGUUCAGUUUGUGUUGCCGUCCUCUGUUUAGGGUGGUGUAGAAGGUGGGUUUACAAUGAGCGGAGGCAAUGCAAGCAAAACUGUGAAAGAUAGAUGAUACAUGAUAACAAGCGAGAGGGAAAGAGGAGAAAGGGAUGUUUUAGUUCAAUAUUAGUUUACGUUUUGUUCUAUUUUACUCAUAUUGAUCCAAUGAAUAUUGUCAGUGGCGGUACGGAUGUUUAGUAACAUACACACACAAACUGUCGUUAGCCCAACCUUUAGCGCUGGUUCAUGCGUGUUCCUUCGUGCUCCUCCUUCUUAGAGCCGCUGGCUGUUAAACUCUCCAGCAAACCGUUAGCUUUUUCUCUGGGUUUAGACAAACUGGUUAGAAUUGUGAAAACGAGAUCAUGUUUGCAAUUAUUGCUAAAUCAAAAUGCUACACUAAUAGAGUGGAUACACACAACAAUUACACCACCACUCCCUUUGCCACAUCAAAUUGGAAACAGAAAACGCAACUCAUUACGAUAUAAUAAUUAUUAGAGAGCAAAGCAUACACACAACAACAACAAAAAGAAACAUACACAUUUUACAAUUUGUCGAUGCGCUGAUCAAAUGAGGAGGAAACUUGAAGUAGGUGGUACACGCUUGUGCCCGUUAAAAACCAGAAUCGAUGGCAAGGGCAGUACAGCGCAGGCAGACACGAGCUCAUUUUCACUCCUCAAUUUGCUAGCUAGCGGAAGGUAGGGAAACCCCUUUGAAGAGCGAAAGGAUAAAACAUGUUUCGAACCACCCGGAGUGGAGGCGAAAGCGAAUCCAGAAAGAGGAGAGGCAGUAGCGGAAUAAUGGCAAUUGGUGGCCUGAACAGCGCAGCACAGUGCAAUGCAACUAUCUAUGUGGAAGGAGGGAGGCAAGCAUUAUUAAUAACACAAUAUACUUACGGUUAUCAAAAAGAAAAAUGGGGCACGGUGGGAGGAACAAUAUUGAACGUCAAAUUGAAACAUUAGCAAGAGCGUGGAGCCUAUAGGAGCAGCAGGGUGGGAGAAUGGUGUAGGAUUUCGGGCAGAAGCAGAAGCAAACCGGCACGCUAAGUCAAGACGGAAGCAGGUCUACAACCUCACCGAACAACCGAAUGGUCCGCCAGUGCGCGCGAGAGAGCCGCACGAAACACCAGCAAAACCGAAACAGCCGCCGACAACGCGCGCGCGCGCCACCCCAUCCGUGUGUGCUCUUCCCUGUCGAUUCUUCUCCGACUGCUCCCCGGGCCGUUACAAUGUGGAUCUCUGACUCUUUGGCAUGUAUGAUAGCGCUUUGGCAUUGCCGAUGCUACGAUGUAGUUGUGCAUGGGAGAAAGGUGUUCAUUUAACACCUUUUGUGAGCUUUGGCUCUUGAGUUUUGGAGUUGUAUGAUUACUUGCUGGCCAUGCCUGCCUUAUUGGUUGCAUCAUCUAUGAUUAUCACGGUCCAAAGGAACUUGCACCUUAAAAUUGCUGAAAGGAACACAUUUUGAUAGUUUUUUGCAUUCCCCUACUUGUUGGGAGGCGGUUUUCCACCAACUUGCUUGACACUAUUGAAUAGAACAAAACAACAAACUAAAUAAACUGCAUAUCUCUGUCAUCUCUUACGGAGAAGAUUUGUGGGCCCAUCCCCGGGAAGGGACGGAUUUGGCAUCGAUCGUCCGCCCUCUCCGCGUACACUCGUCUAAUUGCUUCAUCCUUGUAAAAUUGGCUUUGUUUUGUCGAAGGCUGUUUGUACAUAGUGCGAAUAGUAAAGUUUAAUAAGAAUUUUGUUUUAGAAUGAGCUGAACAAAUCAACGCUCUCCCAGUCGCGUCGCGGGUUAGUUUUUAUGUGUGUGUGUGUGUGUGCGAGAGUUGCAUAAACCAACCUCCGUGUGUGGUGGUGGCGACCCUUUUCGAGCUUUCGAAGGGUUGCCGCGGGGGGUGCAAUCUUUCACGAUUGCUAUUCUUUACAACCGGCACACAAACCCCCCCCCCCCCCUCACAGUUCAUAUAAUGUAAAUAUUGUUACUGCACGUAAACAAACACGAACACGUUAUAUACGCAGACCCUGUUGCAGAUGUUGUGUGCCUGUCUAGUGCGACAAUUGAUGAUCGAUCGGUCGACUUGGUUGGCAGCAAAAACCGGAGCAAGAAAAGACGGAAGGCAUCGUAUGUGGAUGUGUGUGUGAGUGUGUCAGUGGCGUGAGUGGUGGUGAUGAUGAGAUGGUCAUAGGACAUCACAUCCUACUACCCUCACGCCGUCGAGAAACGGCAACGGUUUUACGGCGUCAUCGGUGCCGCUCGCUGGAAGCAAGGUGUAAACUGCGGAAAUGUGUGUGAGUGUGUGCGACUUGUUUCAUACUAUUUAAAUUAUUAAAACCUAUUUCUAAAAUGCCCUCUUAUAUAAUUGCUAUGGCAAGCGGAAGAAGAAGAAAACAAACACAGAAAAAAGGAAGAAAAAACAUAGAACAUCAAGAGGUGUGUAGGAAAGAACCGCGCAAACUUGGUGCGCGAACCCCCGGCGGCAAGCGAUUAGAAAGAGAGAGAGAGAGAGGGAGAGUGCAAGCUAGGAGCUGCAAACGAAAACAUAAUAAUUACACACACACAACUGCUAAUACUACUAUUAUUAUGAUUACCUAUUAUAAUUGCUACGAAUAAUGGUGUUUUUCUACCCGUUGCUGUGAGGGAAAGAUUUAAGCGCGAGAGAGAAGGCAACGGUAAUAAUACGCGGAAUAGUGUUAAACGCGAUCUAAUACGCAAGCGAAUGCGCGCCUUGACACGCGAACAUGGGGCGAUUUGUAUGUGUGUGUAUGUGUUUGUGAUGCGUUAGUGUGUCACUUGAAAAGCGUUGGGUGGGGAAAUGGCCCGGCUCUUCUUAAGCCGCGCUCAAUGUCAGCAAAUGCUCGAAAUGUGCCGAAAUGCUAAAUGUCCCCGAAAAGAACAGCAAAGCCGCGAAAAAAGGUGAAACGAGCGAAAUGAAAUGUGUUCCAUCGAGUAAAAAAAUAAAACAAACGGAAGCAUCAGAUCAAGUGAGAAUGGCACGCGUCGAAUGGCUUCAGGUCACCCCACCGCCGCCCCCGCCUCCCUGCGUUGUUCCAUCUGGCUGGUGGAACCCGGAGCGUGAUUUGGUUUUAUUUCCUUCAUGGUAAAUAAAAUUUAAAUCUUAAACGACGACCUCAACGGAAAGGUGUGAUUUGAAAAUAAAGGAGAGCGGAAAAGGGAAUCAGUAAUAACAGACACACACACGCAAAAGCGAACGUUACACACACAAACACACGCAUCGUUCCGGGAGUGCAUGUCAAGGACCGCAUAGAGAGUUCUGUAAUAAUAUUCUUAAAGAAAGAUAUAAAACAGCAAGCAGAAACGGCUAAACAAACAAAACAAAACAAAACAAAAAAAGAACCUACGCGUUAUUAAAAAGCAAACGAAACGGGAUUAUAAUUUUGAAGAAACAAAAAUAUAUAUUAUGGAAAACAUUGACAGUGAAAGCGAGAAGUGAGAUAGCGACAGCGAGAAAGCGAGAAAGAGAGACAGAGAGGAAGAGAGAAAGCGAGAGAGUGCAAAUAUAUUUAAAGUUUUAUUAUUUUCCCCCUCCUCCUCCUUUUGUUCAUUCCGUUCGGUUGAUUUCUACCUUGGAACGUUAUUUUCUAGUUAAGAAAGUUUCGGAACAACGGAAUGGAAUUCAUCCCUUGAUUAGUUCUCAAUGCUUAUAAGGAAAAUGCUCAGUAAAAAUUCCAAUUGCUAUUUAA